AUGCCACCCCGGAUGCAAAGCCGGAGUGUGUCCAACACCCUUCUUCCCUACCUCACAUCUACCUCCUCUUCCUCUUCCUCACUUUCCUCCAUUCCUUCAUUAUCCUCUGCAUCAUCACAAUGCCUUUCGCGUCAAUUUUCUGCCACGGCAGCACCACAGGCACAGACCAAGCUUCGUCGGCAGAUGUUCGAAUGGCUCAACAAUGAAGGAUCCGUUUUCAAGCACCAUAUUCCUGGCGAAACCAAUUAUCUUACUCGCUUAAAACAGCGAGGCGGCAACGAGGGCUCAGAGACAUCCCGUCCGUUCCCCAACAACCAACAUUUCAUCAGCGAGCCUAUCCUCAGUGAGGAGCUACGGAAUGAAGUCUAUAACCGCGUCGUCGAACAGAAGAAGAGUGUCCGCGUUGUUAGUGUGGAGCUUGGAAUCGAUAUGAAGCGUAUUGCUGCUGUCGUGAGAUUGGUAGAAUUGGAAAAGAGACAGCGCGCCCAGGGUAAACCCCUAGCACUUCCAUAUGCUCGGGCCGUCCACGAGAUGGUCCCCACCACGCCUCUCGCCGAGAAAGGCGAGCGCUCCCAAAUCUUCUACCCCGUCCCCGAAUCCCGCUCCUUCAACCGUGUCGAGGCGGGUCGCGUCUUCUCCGGUGCCCCAGCAAUGGAGCACUCCGAGGCCGCGGAAAUCUCCCACCCCUCCGACCUCGCCGAAAAGAUCAUGGAGGAUCCCAACUCCAUCGGCUGGGUCGGCAAGGGCGCCAACGCCCGCCAGAUCCUGCAACCUGCUGACGUGCGCAUUCCUCACCCACACCUGGUUGCCCAGGAGCGCGACCGCCUCGCGCACCCCAAUGAGCGUCUGGCUGUUGCAGAUCUCCAAUCUAAGAGGCUCGAGCGUCAGGACGCACUCGAGAAAGAGCGCCGUGAGCGCCUCCAGGCUCGCCGUGAGAAGAAGACGACUAUUGUCUCCCCCGAGGACUCGCGCUUCGACUACCGUAUCAAGGAUACUAUCUACACUACAGAGACUACUGGCGUUGAUGGCCGUGGUUCGAAGGCUACUGGUCGUCGCUACGGUGUUCCUCACCGCGACCGCACACGCGGCGAAGUCAAGAUUCCUACCCGUGUGGAGGCUUGA